GGUUAAUAGUGCGGGGGCUUCAGGUAUAAAAGGAGAGCGCAGCUAGACUGCCCCCUCUCUCUACGCUAACUGCAGACGACAGACGUCCUCCCUACGAUCGAAGCCGCCGGUUCACACUACUUGUUCCCGCCAAAAUGUCCAUCACAGAUAUCAACGGAUCAUGGAAGGUCAGCGGCCAUGAGAAUUUCGAAGCCUUUCUGACGGAAGCAGGAAUCCCACAGGAGCACUGGGAACACAUGAAGACCGGCAGCGCCAAGUACACGGUCACCCAGGACGGCGACUCCGUCACCCUGGUGGAGGCGGACACGGACGGCAAACACACCGCCACUAACACCUUCAAACUCGGUCAGGAGUUCGACAAGAAGGGUAUCGACGGGAAAACCCGCAAGGCCACCAUCACGUUUUCUGGCGGUGUGCUGACUAUCACUGUUCCGGACAUGGGCAACGGCAAGAAGGGAGUCUUCACCAAACAGCCAGCAGGAGACUCCAUGACAGAGACCUUCUCCAUGGGUUCUGUGAGCGGAAAGUUGAUGUACAAGAAGGUGUAAGGCUGUCGACUGCCUGUUUUGUUUCUACCCCGGAAUAACAACACACUGCAAAGCUGCUCAACGCUGCCUAUCAAUCAAUAAAAAACACAACAGAGUUAGCUUGGAUAUUCUAUUUCCACUUGGCAACUGGAAUAGCUAGGUUUCCUAACCAAGGUGUUAUGAUUCAUUUUAGGAACAGAUAUUUUAGAGGAAAUUGACUGAAUUGACUUUAUUCAAUACAUGACGUCGCCUGCUUUGAAGUAGUUAAAGUUGCUUGAAGCAUUUGAAUAAAAAGACCAACUUUGGAA